GGGGAGGUAUAGGAGAGGAGGAAGAGGGAGGGGUAGGGGAAAGAGAGAGAAAUUCAAAAGAUGGGAAGAUGAAUGGAGAGGGAAAGAAAUUGUGUGGUUUUUUAAAGGAAUUAGGAUGGUCAAUUCUGAACGGAUGUAUAAAGGGAGAUGAGGAGGGAGAAUGGACAUAUACUGGAGGGAAGGGGGGGACUGUAAUUGACUAUGUAAUCGGAAAUGAGGAUACGAGAGGUAAAGUGGUAAAGAUGAAGGUGGAGGACUGGGUGGACUCGGAUCAUCAGCCAUUAACGGUGUACGUGAAGGGGAGAGGAAAGGGGGAAGAAAGGAUUGGGAAAAGAAAAGGAAGAGAAAGAAGAGGGGUGUGGACGGAAGAGGGAAGGAAGAAAUUUGAGGAAUACAUGGGCAAGAGGGAUAAUGUUUCGGAGGUGAUUGAGGAGGAUUGGAGGAAAUUGAAAAAGAGAGUAGAAGGAGCAUUGGAAAGAGUAGAGAGAGAAGAGAAAAAGGUGCGGAGAGGAUGGUGGGAUAUAGAAUGUAGGAAUAUGAAAAGAGAAGUAAAGGAAGAGUUUAAAAAGUGGAAGAAAAGAGGAGGGAAUGGGGAGAAAUAUAAGGAGAUGAGGAAGGGAUACAGAGAACAUUGUGUAGGAGAUUAUUAUGUGUCAGGUUAAUAAUUCCUUCGAUUUAACGGUACGUUAGGAAGGCCACGCAAAAUCAAGGCAACUCGAGUCAGGUAUAAAAAGGUAUCCUUUAAUGCGGAGCGGCUUACGCCUUACAGAACAGUAUUUGAGAAACCCGCGUCGGGGUGCAAAUAUGCUUAGUUCGACUGAUCCUGAGCGACUGCCCGCCCAUCGAACCGUCGCGCAAGGAGAUCGCUCUCCGCGCAUCGCCGAAUCACGCGCGUCUCACGUGUUGAACGCUCCUAUUGCCUACAAUUGUAAGGAAAGGAAAAGAAGGGAAAGAGAAAGAUGGGAGAAAGAAUUGGAAGGUGUAAGAACGGAAGGAGAUGUUUGGAGGGUAGUAAAUAGGGGGAGGAGAAAGAGAAAGAGAGUCACGGAAGGGAUCGAAAUGAGGGAAUGGGAGGGACACUUUAGAAAGGUGUUGGGGGGAGUAGAGUGGAGGGUGAGAGGGGAGGUGAGGGGAAGAGAAGGAGUGGAAGAUGAUAUCAGUAGGGAAGAAAUAGCAAGGGCGGUAAGUAAACUGAAGGAGGGAAAAGCGGCGGGAGGGGAUGGUAUCGUAAAUGAAGUAUGGAAAUAUGGGGGAAAAGAAGUAAAGGAAUGGCUGUGGGAAAUAUGUGACAGAGUGUGGAGAGGAGAGGGGAGGCCGGAGGAGUGGAGGGAGGGGGUGGUAGUGCCGAUAGUGAAAAAGGGGGAAGGGGAGAGGAUUGAAGAAUAUAGAGGGAUCACGCUAACGCAGACGGCAUACAAGGUGUACGCAGCGGUACUUGCGGAGAGAUUGAGGGAGGAGGUGGAGAGGAAGGGGAUACUCCCACCGAGUCAAACGGGGUUUAGAAGAGGGGUAGGCACAAUUGAUCAGAUUUACGUGCUGAAUUAUAUGAUAAACAAGAGGGUGGCAGUAAGAAAAGGCAAGAUGGUAGUGCUAUAUAUAGACCUGAAAGCUGCGUUUGACUCGGUGGAUAGGGAAAUCCUCAUACAGAUGAUGAGGGACAGGGGAGUUAGAGAAAGCUUGGUCGUGAGGUGCGAGGAGGUACUGGAGGAGACCCUAAGUAGAGUGAGGGUGGGGGAAAAGGUAGGGGAAAACUUUUGGACGGGGAAAGGGGUGAGACAGGGGUGCCCUCUGAGCCCAUGCUUAUUCACGAUAUUGCUGGCGGAUUUGGAUGAGGAGUUAGAGAGGGAGGGAUGGGGAGGAGUGAGGGUAAAGGGAAGGAAAAUAUACUCGCUAGCGUAUGCAGAUGAUGUGGCAGUGGUUGCAGAGGAGGAGACAGGGAUGAAAGGGAUGAUUAAGGCAUUAGAAAGCUACAUAGAACGGAAGGGACUAGAGGUCAAUGUAGAAAAGACGAAAAUAAUGAGGUGUAGAAGGGGAGGCGGAAGACAGAAAAAGAUGGUGUG